AUGACCCAACCAGAUUUGAAGAUCCCCUUUGGCACAUUGCUUGCCAUGUCACUUUCAACACCGACUGUGUCGGACCCCAAGAGUUUCAUUGCGGAAGACUAUGUUAAGAAAGCUCUCAAAGCAGACAAGGGAAUCCAGGCUGUCUUAAAAUCCUGGAAGGUCGCUGAUUUCACCAAACGCGGAGAUAACUAUGCCAGUGAUGUAACAAGUGUACAAGUCAAAUAUUCCAUGAAUGAUAAGGAAGAUAGUGAGGUCACCUAUGUUGUAAAGCUGAAUCCUCAUAGGAAUUUUGAAGAAUUUCAAGAAGCAGAACCAUUUCUCUUUGAAAAGGAAGGCAAAUUUUAUGAAGAACUUGUGCCAGCAUUGAAUGAAGUUCUAAUGUCUGCAGGCCAAAAGCCUCUUCGCUUUGCGAAGUGUUUCCUUGUUUCCUUAGAAGAGGGAAAAGAACAACUUUAUCUUGAAGAUCUAAGAGCGAGGGAUUUCAAAAUGUUUGACAGGAGGAAAGGUAUGGAUGAAUAUCACAUUGCUCUCGUCAUUUCCGAGCUUGCCAGACUGCAUGGUGCAUCUUAUCUCCUGACAAAGAAGGUUCUGAAAGGAGAGUCUGCUGAAGCAAGAUAUGAAUUUCUAUCAAAGGACUUUUUAGAUUUCACCCCAAAUACCAAAGAAAUGUUUGUGUCAUGGAUGCAGAGAUGUGUUGAUACUGGGGUAAUAAUGUUGGAUAGAAUUGGUGGUUAUGAGACUGCCAGUGCUUGGUUGAAGUCCUUCAGAUGUGAAGUUGAAAUAUUUUAUCUUCAGGGAUACAAAGUACAAGAUUCAGCAGCAUAUGCCAUGGGGACUGCUGGAACUAACAAUCUCCUCCUGUAA